CUCCCGGGCCGCGGGGCGGGCGGGGGCGGAGGGACCCCGGAGCAGUUCGGGCAGCGAAGGAGCCGCGGGGGAGCCAUGAACCUGUUCCUGGAGCUUCUCCUGUUUCUGGCCACGCUCGUCUACUCCUACCUGGAGGCUUUCGUGAAGCUGUUUGUCCCCGUGAGGAGGAAGUCUGUCAGCGGAGAGCUUGUGCUCAUCACGGGUGCUGGCCAUGGCGUCGGCAGAGCGACCGCCCUCGAGUUCGCCAAGCGCCAGAGCAGGCUGGUCCUCUGGGACAUCAGCAAGCACGGUGUUGAGGAGACGGCAGCAGAAUGCAAGGGUCUGGGGGCCACUGUUGAAGCCUUCGUGGUGGACUGCAGCAAACGGGAGGAGAUCUACAGCGCUGCAGAGAAGGUGAAAAAGGAAAUUGGGGAUGUGACCAUCCUGGUGAACAAUGCUGGUGUGAUCACAGCUGCCGACCUGCUCUCAACUCAGGACCACCAGAUAGAAAGAAUGUUUGAAGUCAACAUCCUGGCUCACAUGUGGACGACAAGAGCUUUUCUGCCAGCCAUGAUGAACAACAACUAUGGGCACAUUGUCACGGUGGCUUCGGCAGCAGGUCAUUUUGGGACUUCUUUCAUGGUGGCUUAUUGCUCAAGCAAGUUUGCUGCAGUUGGAUUUCAUAAAGCUCUGACAGAGGAACUGUCUACCCUGGGAAAGGACGGAAUAAAAACCACGUGCCUUUGUCCAGUUUUUAUAAACACUGGAUUUGUCAAAAACCCCAGUACAAGGCUUGGAAAGAUUUUGGAGCCUGAAGAAGUUGUAGAGGCUCUGAUGGAAGGAAUAGUGACCAACCAGAAAAUGGUUUUUGUUCCACCACAGCUAAAUAUUGGUUUGCUUUCUGAAAUGGUGUUUCCAGAACGUGCCCUGAAUGUUCUGAAGAAGCUCACUGUUCCAAAGUUUGAUGCAAUCAUUGGGCAGAGAAGCACCCAGUGAAAGCCAAGAAUUGAUUCUCGUUUCGCAGAGGCACGAGUGAAAACAGAACAUGUGCUGUGGGUAGUUCAGCUGGUUUGAUACAGAACUAAGACAGGUGCUUCCAGGCCACCAUUUCCAAGCACACAGAAGGGUUUAUCC